AUGAAAUAUCUGCUUCAUACUAAAGCAGGAAUCAUCAAGACCCUCGAAUUUAUCGAGGCGACGAGAAUAGCCACCAGAUCAUGGCACCUCAAUAGAAUGCAUGAAGAAGAAGAGGAAGAAGGCGGAGAAGAAGGGGGUGGACCGGAAGAUUGUGAUUGA